AGAAAUUUGUCAACAUCACGGCGUCAUGUUUAGAUACUGAAGUGAAAACAAAGAAGGCUGAAGAGAAUGUGCUUUACCUGAAACAGAAAGAUAUGAUGACAGUGGCUUACAAAAACUGAUUAUGUCUUUCAAAAAGUUUGCAGCAACAGCUAUCUCUGCUGCAUUACGUGGUCAUAGGGCAACUGGAAGAAGUGAUUUGGCACCAGCACUCAGAAAUAAGAAAAAGAAAUCUGAAAAUUCAUACACGUUGCAGCAAUUUGUAGAUGCCAAAGUUGUGAGAACUGUUGGAGGCAAAGGUGGAGAUGGGGCAAUAUCCUUUCUUCGCCUUUGGAGUAAUGCAGAAGCAGGUCCAGAUGGAGGAGACGGGGGAAAUGGUGGUCACGUUAUUUUUCAGGCUUCAGCAAGUGUAAACAACUUAGGCCAUAUUCAAUCAGUUCUCAAAGCGGAGGAUGGUGAGAAAGGAUAUAACAAAGAUUGCAAUGGAAAAAAUGCUGACCAUUUAGUAAUUGAGGUUCCUGUAGGUACAGUUGUAAAGGAUCAAAGUGGGUGUGUUGUAGCUGAUCUAAACAAAGAGAGAUCUAUGUUCGUGGCAGCACGUGGUGGAGCUGGAGGCCAUGGAAAUCAUUUUUUCAUAUCAGAUACAAUGCAGGCACCACAAGUAGCAGAAUAUGGAGCUGAUGGAGAAGCACUGAAGUAUAUACUAGAAUUACAGAGUAUGGCUAAUUUUGGAUUGGUCGGGUUUCCAAAUGCUGGAAAAAGCACACUACUAAGAGCUAUUUCCCGAGCUAGGCCAAAGGUAGCCUCAUAUCCUUUCACAACUCUUCAGCCACAUUUAGGAGUUGUUCAAUAUAUAGAUUAUGAACGUGUUACAGUUGCAGACUUACCUGGUCUUAUACCAGGAUCUCAUAAGAAUCGUGGUUUAGGCAUCACAUUUUUAAAACAUGCAGAACGAUGUUCAGCACUUUUAAUGGUGAUUGACCUGUCAAGUGGACCUUGGGAUCAACUGGAAGUUCUGAAAUAUGAACUGAGCCAGUUUAGCCGCGAUCUUGCUCAGAGGCCUCAAAUUAUUAUUGGCAACAAAAUAGACCUACCAGAAUCAAAGAGUAAUCUUCAGGAGUUUCAGCAGAAAACUGGUGAAAAAAUAAUACCCAUAUCUGCAAAACUGGGAAUAAAUUUGUCACUGGUUCUGGAGAUAAUGCGAGAAAUAUAUCAGCAAAAUGUGAAGGAAAAUGAGUAGUAACCUUUACUUGUUAAUAGCUGUCUGUUUAUAAACAAAACGAAUAAAGUUUUUGUAUUAAA